AUGGAUUCCAAACAGUUCAAGGAAGCUGCUGCCUCAGCAAUUGACGAGAUUGUAAAUUACUACGACACGAUAGAAGACCGCCGUGUUGUUUCCAAUGUCGAACCCGGGUAUCUCAAGAAACUUCUCCCGGAAGGACCUCCGCAAGAUGGAGAAUCGUGGGCAGAUAUCAAAAAAGAUAUGGAGACAAAGAUUAUCCCCGGUCUUACUCAUUGGCAAUCUCCCAACUUCAUGGCAUUCUUCCCUGCUUCCUCCUCUUUCCCCGGCAUGCUAGGAGAACUCUACUCCGCAGCUUUCACAGCCCCCGCAUUCAACUGGAUCUGCUCCCCCGCCGUCACCGAACUCGAGACCGUCGUCCUAGAUUGGCUUGCCAAACUCCUGAAUCUCCCAGACUGUUACCUCUCCACGAGCCACGGCGGGGGAGUCAUCCAAGGUUCCGCCUCAGAAGCAGUAGUCACUUCUAUGGUGGCAGCCCGCGACAAAUAUCUGCGAGAAACGACUUCACAUUUAUCUGGUCUCGAACUCGAAGAUGCGAUCGCACACAAGAGGAGUAAAAUAGUUGCAUUGGGAAGCGAGAUGGCACACAGCUCGACACAGAAGGCAGCACAGAUAUGCGGAGUCCGAUACCGCUCUGUACCUGUCUCGAAAGAAGAUGAUUUUGCAUUGACGGGAGCAUAUUUGGAAGAAACAAUAAAAGUGUGCAAGGCCCAAGGUUUAGAGCCUUUCUUCCUUACGACGACUCUCGGGACCACAUCAACCUGCGCGGUAGACGACUUUCCUUCUAUUUCUGCUACUCUCGCCAAAUAUGCACCUGCCAAUGUUCCCGGGGAAGUUUGGGUGCAUGUUGAUGCUGCGUAUGCUGGUGCUGCCCUAGUGUGUCCAGAAUUCCAACAUCUGACCGCAGAAUUCGAGCACUUCCAUUCCUUCGACAUGAACAUGCACAAAUGGCUACUCACAAACUUCGAUGCUUCAUGUCUCUUUGUCAGGAAGCGAAAAGACUUGAUUGACGCACUCUCCAUCAUGCCAAGUUAUCUCCGAAACGAGUUCAGUGACAGUGGCCUUGUCACCGAUUACCGCGAUUGGCAGAUCCCUCUUGGGCGCCGAUUCAGAAGUCUGAAAAUUUGGUUUGUGCUACGGACAUAUGGUGUCAAUGGACUUCAAGCACAUAUUAGAAAGCACAUUAAGUACGGCGAAGUGUUUGCGGGAUUGAUCAAGUCGAGACCAGAUAUCUUCGACAUGAUCAGUGGGCCGAACUUCGCUUUGACGGUGUUCAAGAUCGUCACGAAGAGCGGAGGAAAGGCGGAACAGGAUAAGUUGACCAAAGAAGUUUAUGAGUUGAUCAAUAAGCGAGGAGAAAUCUUCCUUACUUCAGGUGUCGUUGGGGGUGAUUAUGCUAUCCGGGUGGUCAGUGCCAAUCCGCUGGCUGAAGAACGAUUCCUUCACAAGGCUUUCAGAAUCCUAGUGGCCACCACAGAGGAAGUUCGAGAUGGGAAGACUGUCGAAAAUGGCAUCGAUGGUGUACUCAAGGAUUACAAGGGCGUUGGAGAUGUGGCGAUUGAAAAGGAGGCUGGAAUCACAAAAUAG